GCUAAAGCCACAGCCAGUGAAGCGAACCGUCAGAAAGAAAGCAGUUUUCUAUUCAACAUAUCUUUCUGGCAGUGAAUGCCAUACAAAAAAGUUUCCAUACAUUUCGUGUUAACCACUGCUACCAAACUGUUGGCUCGACUUUUGCUCCCGACUUGUGUAUUGUUUGGGCAAACAUUUUCUCUCUGUUUAUAACAUCAACUUUACGCUCAAUUCAUACACUACUGAAUACUGUAUAUUGUCUUGUCUAUCGGUUUUAUGCCACUUUUUGUUUAUACUUUUUAUUUAAUAAUUAUGUGAAUCUAGUUAUUGUGAGUCUGACUUACAAUUCAGUGAUUUUUCAAAUAUUUUAUUGUGAUUUGAAUCCCAAAAAACAACAACUCUUUGGCUUAAAUAUCACAACCGAUAGAUAUAAUGGGAUGUAUAGCAGGUUUGGUCAAACAUUUGGUUUGUUUGUUAGCGUUUUUCACGUGGCUCACAGGCAGUAUUAUAAUCGCGUAUACGUUGUGGGCUUUGGGCACAUCCACUAACAUGAAGAGGCUAUUUAGCGGCACUUUACCGUUAACAUAUGUCGGACUUGGUUUAGGAACUCUACUCUUUAUCAAUGGCCUGUUGGGGUGGAUGGGCUCAUACAAGCGAGGAGGCUGUAUGCUUAAAAUGUUCUUAUUCCUCUGUGUUAUGACAAUCGCCGCAGAAAUUGGAGGAAUAAUAUCAUUAAGUAUUCUAAAGACCAAAGUGUCUGAUAUUGUAGAGCAGGGAUGGGAUGAAGUGAAUCAAAGGACUCGGAAUGUAAUUCAAGAACAGUUCCAAUGCUGUGGAAUCGCAGGCCUGAGUGAAUUCGCCUCCAAAUUAGACCCAAUAGACGAAAGUUGUUAUCGCAUUGAAUACAUACGAAACGGAACCUCACCUGACACUCAGAUAACUCCCGUUCGCGAACCAAAUCGAGUCCGUCUUUUGCAUAAUUUAUAUUCAUAUUGA